UGUACUCUGCCUCCAAUCUGCUAGUGCUAUUAAAUGACUGGAUUCUCCGAAAGGAGCUGCAGCGGAGCCUGCCCGUGUCGCUGCCCCAGCAGAAGCUGCUGACCUGGCUGAGUGUGCUGGAAUGCGUGGAGGUCUUUGCAGAGAUGGGGACAGCCAGGGUGUGGGGGGAGAUGGGCCGGUGGACCAUCAUUGUCCUCAUCCAGCUGGCUAAAGCCAUCCUUCGUCUCCUGCUCCUGCUGUGGUACAAAGCCGGCAUCCAGACGUCUCCUCCCAUCGUGCCGCUGAACAGGGAGCAGCAGCAGCCUCUCCACUCCCAAGACAUGGAAGACAACUGCUCAGGGAAGGAUCAGACCUAUGUUGGCAGGCGUUCCAGCCGUGUUGUGCGCUCUCUCCAGAGCACCCCAUCCCUGCAGUCCCGGCAUUGGGGGUCCCCCCAGCAGAGGGAGAAGUCGCAGAGCCAAAGAGCAGAGGAGAUGAACCAGCCUCCCACCCCUCUAGGUCUCCAAGAAACCAUCGCAGAAUCCAUCUACAUUACCCGUCCUCUGCUCCACCUAUUGAGUUUAGGAGUGUGGGGCCAGAGAUCGUGGAAACCCUGGCUCCUCUCAGCAGUUCUGGACAUCUCUAGUCUGAGUUUGCUGAGUGAUCUGAAAGACCUGAACAGGCGAGAGCGAGCAGAGCUGAGGCGACGAACCAUCCUUCUGCUGUACUAUCUGCUGAGAUCUCCUUUCUAUGACCGAUAUUCAGAGGGCAGGAUCCUCCUCCUUCUGCGCUUGUUGGCUGAUUACGUGCCUGGAGUUGGCUUUGUCACACGGCCACUGAUGGAUUACUUGCCUGCUUGGCAGAAAAUCUAUUUCUAUAACUGGGGCUGAUGAGAAGACGACGAUUAUUCUCUGCCAAGAUCAUGGCUGGACAUUUCUAAGGAGGGCAAGCAGGCUGGGGGAGGGAUGUUGAUAAUGUCUAUUUUUUGGUUAAACCAUCAAUGAGAAGCUUCCGUUCUGCAGGGUGGGGAGGGGGGUGUAUGUAACUUUUUUUAUCAGAUCAGUCUGUGAAUGAUGGACAUUACAUGUGUGGAGAGACCCUGGCCACCUCUUUGGACAGUUCUGUGGCUGCAGCGAUGGUGACGGGACAACCUCUCUUUUUUUAAGCACUUGAUUUUUCUCCUUUUGUACGGCUGCGUAGUGUUUUUUGGAGAGCAUUGUCUCCCACCUCACGGCGCUGAGACUGACCUGCAGCCUGCUUGUGUUGGCCGUGCCUGGCCGAUCUGCUUGGAGCGGGCUUGUCUGUCAAAUAAACUGACUGAACGGAAAGAAC